AUCGGGAGAGGGAGGGAGACAGACAGUGAGAGUACGCCAGACUGCGCAGACGAGGCAUAUUUCGGGCGCACAUUACGAGUGCGUAAAACCGCAGCAGAGCGCACUGAAACACAGUACCCAGUGGUUGUGCGUUGGAUAUUACUCACCUACGGGUUUCCAAUCGAGGACUUAUCUACUUUAAUCGUGACUAUUGUCAAGAACAGCCCCUAUGAAUUCACGAGUGUUAGAUUUUCUGAAUGGACGCAUUGGGAACCUUCUCCAGUGACAUGGAAAUGUGCUUUACCGGACGCUUUACUGGGUGUAUUGCCGGAUGCUGAGGACAUCUGAUCGGAUUAAUCAUUUUGAGCUCUCAUUCUGAGUUGUGAACUCUCUUUUCUAACUGGUGAAAACAUGGAGGGUACGAGCUUUCAACCCCAUCCCGGACUUCAACAAACUCUGAAGCAGUUUCAUUUGAGUUCCAUGCGCUCUCUCGGCGGACCGGCGGCGUUCUCCGCUCGGUGGCACCAGGAUAUCCUCUUCAAUAAAGAAGGAAAAUCCGCAGAAUUGAUGCUCAGCCUGCCCGCCCAGACCCCUCCGGUAAUGUCCGGACCGCUUUUCAUCCCAUCCGACCGCUCCACGGAGAGGUGCGAAACGGUCCUGGAGCGGGAGCCCAUCUCCUGCUUCGUAGUCGGCGGGGAGAAGCGGCUGUGCCUGCCGCAGAUUCUCAACAGCGUCCUGCGGGAUUUUUCCCUUCAGCAGAUCAACUCGGUCUGCGACGACUUGCACAUUUACUGCUCCCGGUGCACGGCAGACCAGCUGGAGAUCCUCAAAGUCGUGGGUAUCCUGCCCUUCUCGGCUCCGUCCUGCGGACUGAUCACUCAGACGGAUGCUGAGCGCCUCUGCAACGCUCUUAUCUACGGUGGUACUUACCCUCCUCACUGCAACAAGGAGUUGGUGGGCUCCCUGGAGUUGGAGCGAACAGAGAAAAGCUUCAAAGUGUAUCAUGAAUGUUUUGGCCGGUGUAAAGGUUUGUUUGUCCCGGAACUGUACACCAGCCCCGGCGCCGCAUGCAUCCAGUGUAUGGACUGCAGGCUCAUGUACCCGCCUCACAAGUUUGUGGUCCACAGUCACAAGAGACUUGAGAACCGGACAGUCCACUGGGGGUUCGACUCUGCCAACUGGCGGGCCUAUGUGCUCCUGGACCCGGACUACACCGGCAAGGAGGAGAAGAGUCACCUGGAGCAGCUACUCAAAGAACUAAAACGAAAAUAUGACCUGACGAAAAAGCUGUCCGGUAAAUCGUGCAGAUCUCCCAGCCCAGUCCCAGCCAAGAAAUCCAAAUUGGACAAAUUACAGUCUCCAUCAGCUGACAAAGAGAGGCAACCUGAUUGGUUACAGUCCCUGUCAAAGUCUGCAAACAAGGAUCUUAAAGAGGUCCAGCUGAAACAGAGGCCCUCUGCAUUCCGCCCCUGGUCUCCCAAAACAGCAGAGAAAGAGAAACCGACCAAUCAGAAUGAGGCAGAGAGGUCCAGCUCAAAGAGUCAGGAAACGCUGCUGGGUCCCAAUCUGACACUCACUCCCCUGGCCUACCACAGAGAGGAGCCCUCUCCGGUCCACCCCAGGGACAGCCAGGCCCCAGGCAGGGGGCCCACUGCCAUUUCCAGGCCACCGCAGGGGUUACAUAAUGGAGACUCCCAACCUGCAGCAAAACCUGCACUCCCCGGUGCCACCAAUGGUGUGGAAGAGAUGGACACAGACGGAGAGAUUGAUGUUGACGACUGUGAUGAUUGCCCAGAGCCAGCCUCCUCCCUGGCCUCGCCUCCCUCAGCCUGCCCCAGUGUGUCUCAGACUCUGACACCACAGAGCAUCGCCCGGUCUCAGGAGGGACCUGCCUGGCUCUCAGGGGCCCCCUUCCCAGAGGUGGACUCCCUAAGACAGAUGCUGUAUGGAGGCCUGGACACUAAAGAAGCCAAGGAAAAGCUCCUGCAGGAGAUUGUCAGGAUGAGGGUGAAGCAGGAAGAAAAGCUGGCAGCUGCUUUGCAGGCUAAGCGCAGCCUUCAGCAGGAACUGGAGUUUGUGAGGGUGGCUAAAAAAGGCCGUCUUCGUGAGGCUAUCGAAGCCAAGCGCAACCUGCGAAAGGAGAUUGAGCGCCUUCGCAUGGAUUGGGAGAGGAAGAUGAGAGAGGCGGAGGAGUCUUGUGGGCGACUGAAGAGAGAGUUGGAGAGGGAGAGACAGCUGCGAGUUUGUGACAAAGGCUGCGAGGCUGAGCGUCUGCGAGCCAAGUACUCCACUCAGAUUGAGGAGCUGCAUGUGCAGCUACAGCAAGCAGAAGCCGACCGUGAGCAGCUGAGGCUGGAGCUCCAGCAGGAGAGAGAGGCUCGGCAGAGCCUGGAGAGCAUUGUUAAAGACCUGCAGACCCAGCUGGCCCAGCAGGCAGACAGCAGCGCUCCUGGAGACUCCCAGGACACAAACACAGACCCACACAGACAGAGCACACUACACACCAAUGGAUCCUAAAGUUGCACAUUCAGUACCGGAGUAAGGGACUCAAAAAACAAGCAUGGUUGAUCCACCUCUUGUUAGGGAAAAGCAAUUCAGCAAAAAUGCUAUUGGCAAAGUCAGUUUCGUUGAGGAAAACAAAUCUGUUGUUGAUAUGAUAGAAAUCAACAUUAUUGUAACAAUAUAUGAAUUUUAUGAAAUGAACUGGAAAGUAGCAUGAUGUCUGAGCAUGUUGUAGAGCGUGAAAUAAGACCGGCUUCUUCAGUGAUGAACACGUCUCUCAAGUGACUUCAGAGCCCUCGGUUAGAUACUUGACGCUGUUCAAGAAUUUUAUUUUGGUAUAAGCUAUUCAGAUGUGCAAAUAUAGCCACAUAACAUUACUUGAAUAUGAAGGGAAGAAACAAGUUGUGCUUGGUGAAACAUUAAAUGACAGAAGACAUUGAAACUCCUUCUGGUGCCACAAAAUAUCGGUACACUCCAAGGUGUCACUGCAAACCACUGGAAACAAAGGACACCAGUUUACCACUAUUUACUUUUAUUCAGCUUGCUUUUUAUAACUGUUUAGAGGAUGUACUUUCUAAGAAAUUUUGCUUGCGCAGCACUGUUAUUCCACAGGCAAGACUUAUAAAAAAAAAAACAAAAAACAAAAAAAAAACAUCCAUAUACAAACAUGUACGCAUGUAUACCAGCUUGUCUACUUUUGUAUUUUCUAAAGCCUGAAGUAUUGGAGAUUACGUGGGCUGCCUUCAGGCCCACCACUGUUUUAUUCUUAGAUAUUUUAUGGAAGUGUUACUUUUUAAUAUUCUCACACAACUUAAUUUGUUGAUGUUUUCCCAGUCUGGUUUUGCAACCAAACCAUGUGACAGAUAACAAACGUUCUUCCCCACAUUAGUGAGAUGUGCAGGUAAGUCUAACAUUGCCCUCAUAAAAAAAGAAAAAGCAAAACUUAAAUAGCUGUCUGAUAAAUUGCGGUACUUCUGAUUUUCUAUUGAACAUUGUAAAAUAAUUUAUACUCUAUAAUAAUUUGCUGCCUAUCAACAGAACGCAUUCAUUUUUAGUCACUGGUUGUAGGGCUCUUAAAUCAACAAAUGCUGUUUAUAUGAACAACAUUUCUACAUAUAUACAAAAUAUGGAUAUAUAUUUUUUUACUUUAAGAAAAGGAAUUGCACUUUUUAAAAAAAAAAAAGAAAGAAAGAAACUUGCAUUCUGCAUUUUACUCCCUGUUACAUUUUUCAAAUCACAAGUGAACAUGAACUUGGAAUUUAACACUCUUUCCGUCAGUGUCCUCUGAUGUAAAUACAAUGAUAUUGUAAAUAAGAUAUUUGUUGGUAUGUUUGCUUGCUCCAGACUUAAAUUGAUUAUGAAUAUUAUUUUUUGCUCUUACUUGAAACCAAAAAAGAGGCUCUAUAUUUGGAUUUACAAAAUUGUAAUUUCAUUGAUGUACCCUUGAGUACAGUUGCAAUCACAGGGCAUUUACCAGAGUGGAUGAUGGACUUGUGAGUCUAAAUGAGGAGGAUGGCACCAUCGCUGGCCAUUAACGUGAUCUGUCAGUGGUUUUUAUGCAACUGACACACUAACAGAAUAUUAUAACUUUCCCCUUUAUUUUCUUUAUUUGAGAAGAUCUUUAUUGUUUGAUGAAUUAUAAGGUAUAUAUUAAACCACCGACCAAAAACUUAAAAAUGGAAUUGAAAUCUCUGCACCCGCUCCUUCAUUAGGCUUCCCAGCUAAAGUCCCUAGUGAUAUAGAAUAGAAAAAUGACACCUUCCAUGGUUUAAACCUUAGGUGCUCUCAUAUAUUUUAGACAAAAAAAUCACUUUUAUGUCUUAUCAUUAUUAUACCCUCGCUGAAUAUUUGUUGGGUACAAUGUAAUAGCAAUAUCCAUUUUGUUAGCUAAUGCUGUUGUAGUUUUUGUUUGGAAGUGGGGUUUCACUUUGCCGCUUGUUUCAAUGUUUUCUUUUCCUUCGGAAAACCUGUAUGAUACCCAUUAAAAUCAAAUCAAUCCCACA